AUGCAAAAUUCCCAGGACUACGUCAUUCCUCAAGGCUCCUUGAUCCUAGUCACUGGAGCCAAUGGCUACAUCGCCUCUCAUGCUGUCAACAUCUUGCUCCAGAGGGGAUACAAGGUCCGAGGCACAGUCAGAACGGCGAAGCCGUGGCUCGAUAGACACUUUACGAACAAUUAUGGAGGAAGCCUCUUUGAAAGUAUCACCUUACCGACCUUGGACGACCCGGCAGCGUGUCGUCGAGCAAUGCAAGGUGUUUCUGGGGUCCUGCACAUCGCUUCGGACAUGUCAUUCAGCAGUGACCCCAAUGCAGUGAUUCCGUGGGUGAAACGAGCAACAGUCAACCUCCUUGAAGCGGCAGCCAGUCAGCCAUCGGUGAAGCGUUUCGUGCUCACCUCUUCUUCUACCGCCGCACUCCUUCCGACUCCUGGUGACGCUGGGAUUCGAGUGGAUGAGAAUACAUGGAACGGGAUCUCCGUCAAGGCAGCCUGGGAUGCAUCAACCUCCCCUGCGACAAGGGCUUAUCACAUUUAUUCAGCAGCCAAGACCGAACAGGAGCAUGAAAGCUGGCGAUGGGUGAGAGAGCAGAAGCCCCGAUUCGAGUUCAAUGCCGUUGUUCCGAAUUCAAACUUUGGCCGCAUCCUCCACCCUCAGAUUUCAGGGUCGAGUAUGAUUCGAGUGAGGAACAUUCUUUGCGGGGACGGCUCGGUCAUGAAAGAAUUUCCACCGCAAUGGUAUGUGAAUGUCGAAGACACCGCACGGCUGCAUGUCAUUGCCCUGCUCUGCCCAUCUGUCAAAGGAGAACGCAUCUUCGCGUUUGCCUCAGAGUUCAAUUGGACCGACGUGGUCGACAUCCUUAGAAAACUCAGACCAGAAAAUGCAUUGAUCCCUGACCCGCCUGCUAACGAAGGGCGCGACCUGAGCGACAUUGUCCUCUCUCGUCGAGCACGGCAGUUGCUGCAUGAAUUCUACGGACAGCCUGACUGGGUCAGCCUGGAGGAGACAAUCGCAGCUGGAAUUGAAGAUAUGGCAUAG